UUUUUAUUCUCAUGUAUCUUUAUUUCUAUGUUCCCCACUUUGGUCAGUGUUGCUGUUUUAGAAAUAAAGAUGACUUGGCUGAACUUUAAAAACCUCUGGAACAGUGUUCAGUUAAAAUGCGAUGAACAAGAACAACCUCAAAACCCUUUGUUAAAACUUUACCAAGGCUAAAGUUGUUUGUUUGAUGUUUGUAAACAUGCCCAUGUGUCCUGUAAUGAAGUUUAACUUUAUAAAGGGAUCUUAAUGAAGCCGCUUAGCCUGCUAGCAUGGUGGUUACCAUGAUAAUAGGGCUAUUAAUUAAAUUCAGUAUGUUUAAACCACCAACUGAAAGAAGCACCUUAGCUUGCUAGGAUGCUCGUCAGCAUGCUAAUACAAACAUAACAAAGAGGGUUAGCUUGUUAGAACAAAGUCAGUAAAGAUGCUUAGCUUUUUAGCUGAGAGGCUAUUAACAAACAAGACUUCAUUUAUUUAUUUUGACUACUGUUUCAGGUUUUGACUUGUCAUCUAAUUAAAUAGCUUUGUUAUCUCGGUCUAUAAAGGUUACAGCAGUUUCAGUGACAUGGACAGCAAGCGCAAUCACACACCCUCCAGAACUAACACAGGAGCCUUGCCUGAACUGCCAAGCAGAAAAUGACUCAGAGAAAUGGAAUCAGCGGGACAAGUGAUCGCAUCCUCCACUCGGAGGCCUCCAAUGUUUUCCAGCAGGCCAACGGUAUGGACCAUGAGAAAAUCCAGGAGGCCGAUGAUUGUGAAUUGGAGGAGAGGGGACAGGAAGAAGGGCGCCGAGUAUCCGUGGCUGUAACAGGAGCAGUCGAAGCUCCAGAUGGCGGCUGGGGCUGGAUGGUGCUGGUUGCCACCAUACUUGUCCUGGCUUUGACACUGGCAUUUCCCUCCUGCGUGGGAAUCUUCUACACUGACUUGCAGAAUGAGUUCCACGCAACCAACAGCGAAACCUCCUGGGUGCCCUCCAUCAUGACGUCAGCGCUUCAUGCAGGAGGUCCCUUUUGUAGCAUGUUGGUGGAGAAACUUGGCUGCCGAGCGACAAUCAUGUUGGGAGGGGUCCUGAGCGGGCUUGGAAUGGCUGCCAGCUCAUUUACCCAGUCAAUCACUGAGCUUUACAUCACCACCGGGGUCAUUACAGGUCUUGGUUUCUGCUUCAGCUUCCAACCAGCUGUGACAAUCCUGGGACACUACUUUGUGCGUCGCCGUGUAUUUGCCAACGCCAUGUCCUCCACGGGCACCGCCUUGGGUCUGUGCACUCUGCCUGUCCUGGGAAACUACCUCCACAUAGAGUACGGUUGGAGGGGAAGUUUUCUCAUUCUGGGGGCCGUCCUGCUGAACUGCUGUGUGUGUGGAGCUGUGAUGAGGCCCCUCCAGCCCAAAAGGCAUCGUGGCCAGCCGCUGAUGAACCACGGACCUCCUCCGCCAGAUGAGAAUAGUGACAGCAAGAAAAAAGGGAGGGUGAGGACGAUUUGGAGCUCCAUGUUGGCUUUCCUGAGCAAACACAUGGCCUUCAAUCAGUUCUGCAAUAACUUGCGCUACCGCGUGUACUCCAUCGGCAUCACGUGGACGAUGCUCGGGUUUGUGGUACCUCUGGUGUAUCUGGUUCCCUACGCCACAGCAAAUGACAUGGAGCCGAGUCAGGCUGCGUACCUGCUGUCCAUCCUGGGGAUCGUCAACAUCGUGGUGCGGCCACCGUUUGGCAUCGUCUUUAACAUGCCAUGGUUCAAAGGGCGACACGUUUACGUGUUUUCAGCAGCUUUGCUUGUCAAUGGGCUGAGUAACAGCAUCUGCUGCAUCGGGCCCAGCUUCCAUGUACUGCUGGCUUACGUGGUGAUCUACGGGCUUUCCAUGAGCGUGGUGGGCUCCCUGAUGUUUACUGUCCUCAUGGAUGUAGUGGAGAUGAGCUGCUUUCCCUCAGCCCUUGGCCUCCUUGCUGUCAUGGAGAGUGUCACGCUGCUCAUUGGGCCUCCACUGGCAGGAAUCCUGGUUGACAGAACGGGCCACUAUUUCCAUGUUUUUUUUGCCUGCAGUGCCGUUGUUGCCUCAGCCGCCGUGUUCCUUAUGGUGUCGUUUUGCUGGCUGGAUAAAAAGGAGAGGAAGGCGCUGAAUCAGGUGAAGCCACCCACGGCGCCCGAGCCGGCGGCACCCGCGAUUGACAUCGUUCCUGGUUGCCAAUACAGCAGCGUGUCCACAGAGGGAGAUAAAGACAAGGCCUCAGCUAACGGGGCGGAGCAUAUCACCAGCGUCUGAACCUGCUUACACUGUGUGUCACCUUUUAGCACACGUCACACCCUCGGUCAGACUGUUCUGCAAACGAUUCCUAAUAUUUGCGGCCGCUUGCCUGGUGCGUCAGAUGUGUCGAGGUUUAUUUCUCUGAAAGACGCCACGCAUCCUAACAUCUGGAGCGCCAUAAAAGUCAGAACAAAUAGUACGAAGAGUUUGCACUGUUUGACCGAGGUUGCAUACCAAAAUCAGGAGAUGUGCACUUAAAAACCACGACGUGAUUGUACUGUUUAUUGUGAAAUGCUGCUGAUUUUAUCUACACAAUCUAUCACACAUGAGGUAUAUCACUCUAUUAAGCCAAGAUACGUACAUAAUCCCUCAUUAGAGAAAUCAAAUCUUUAGUAGAUGUUUGCUGGAACAGUGUUUUUGAAUGGUGUGUUAGUGUACGAUGAGCUUACAGACACAGAGUAGAUACUCUUGAGCUUUGAAACGGAAAGGAAGGGGACGGUGCAGUAAUAUCAGUGGGAAACAUUGUGGAGCAGCAACCUAGUGAGGCCUUAUCAAGAGGGACAUGUUAUGUUUUUUUCUGUUUCCUGUCAUGUUACAGUGGUGAAUAGUUAAAUAGUUAAAUACAGCCUAUGUCUGUGAAGGUUCUCAGUCAUCCAGGUCAUCGUAGUCAAAGGAGCUUGCAAAGAAAAGCGUCUGGACUUCU